AUGCGUGCGGGAAGGGCAAGCCUCUGCAAGCCUGCUAUCGCGCAGCCGCAGCACCAGAGCCAGAAGCCGGCGUUUCUCGUGCCUUUUGAGGUGUUCUAUGAUGCGCUCACGUACGCGCGUACACUCAAGGGCUGGCCGCACGAACCGCCGCAGAAAUCCGCUGCGCUCACGCAGGCGCCGCAGCGCCAGCAGGAGCACGUCGCCGCCAUGGUCGAGCGCUGGCUGGGCCCUUCCCUGCCAAUGAUUCAGAUCUUCUGCCGUUCCACGCCCUCUGUCUCUCAUAAUCACACCCUCAGGGUCGACAUCCACGGCAACGAUGCGCACACUGGUAGACGCGCAGGCAUCGGAGACGUCCUUCCCCACCCCCGUGCCAACGUCCUCCCGUUCCUGCCGCUGCUGUCAGAUCUUGCCUUCACCAUUGGUCCCAAAGGCUGCCAAUUUUCAGCGAGCAGCCCAGGCCGGCAACAUUCGGUAGAUAUUCAUUACGCCAUCAGGUUCACCACCACACGCCACGCUGUGUGCAUCGAGCCGGAGUUCCAGCUCCGUGACCUCAUGGACGUCUCGCGCGACUGCCACGCCGCGACGCGUCUCGAAAUCUCCGCCGAGCCCCUCGACCUCACCACCGACUUCUGGCCCACGCUCCUCGGUCCAUUCCCGCUCCUCACCGAGCUCUGCUUCGAGGGGCACGGCUCGCUCGCGUCGCUGUGGGCCGCUCUCGAUCCGAAUCUGAACGACGUCUUCGCCGGUCGCACGACGGUUAUAUGCCCCGCCCUGCGCACCAUCUGGCUCCGCGACUGCAGCAUCAUACGGAGCCCGUGGGAGGCGGAGGAGGAAGUUCGUCGCGGCCGCCUCCUGGUCGCACCGCAGCCUCGGUUGGAUCUCUCCUUCGACGCGCUCAAGGCCAUGCUGUGCGCGCGAGCGGAGUGCGGUGUCCAUAUCGUCAGGUUUUCGUACGUUGCGGCGCCGCACAUGGAAGAGCUGGACGAGUUCCAGACGGUGUGGCGGGGAGAGCACGCGACCGCGCUUGCGGAGCACAUUGCGGACGUGUCCAUCAAGACGAUGUACAAGGAGGUGGACGGGGAGGACGCGAAGACAAGUUCAUGGAGGGGACGGUCGAAAAGGCCUUAUCUGAGGAAUGCUACUUGA